AUGGAUGUAGUUGAUGCCAGUGACACUCUAACUGAUCAAGGGAGCCAGGAGGAAAAGAAACAAUCUUCUCCUAUUUGUAUUUGCGUGCGUUUUGAUGCUAAUCCUAUAGAUACAGCGGAUAAUGUAUUCCGUGGUGUUCGGGCGUUUCAUUCACCCUCAGAGGUUGUGGUGCCGCUGAAGGGGAUGUUACUUGAAGACAUAACAUUAGACGAUUUACUCACUGAGUUUAUGUCUCGUGCAAUAAGACGAUUUCCACGUUUAUCAAUACGUACUGUGGAUUCAUUCUAUUUAAAUGUAGAAGGAUUACCUAUGUCUAUUGAUCGAUUAUCAGAGCAGUCCCCACUUAUACGCUUGGAUGUGAAUAUGAAUGGACAAGAUACAUUAGAUAAUUUUUUCGCACCACCUCUUACUACUGGACCCACAGUGUAUGAUAUAACAGCACAUUGGCUUUCUAAUAUACCAGGAGCUACGAAUUUUAGCCGUAAUGCUGCUGAAGAGUCUUCACUGUCAAGAGUUCUUGUAGAAAAGAAGAAGAAAGAGUCCGAUAGUGCUAUUAAUGUUGCAGAGGAAGAGGGUAAUAAUGAAACUGAAAAUGGAAAUGAAAAUGGCAAAUGUGAUUUUGCUGAAGAAACUUUACCAGCUCCAGUUGUUUAUCCUUUUACACAACGUUGCACAUACGCAAAAUUAUGGCCACGUACCUCCGAGUCAAGUGGUGAAGUUCUUGCUUCUAUGGAGUUAGCCACUUUACGAGCUGCGGCUCUUACAGCAACUCUAACCGAAAGAGAAGCUGCACGUAAAGAACGUUGUAAACUUGAAUCUGAAGAACAAGCGUCUCGUAGACUUCUUAUGGGAGAUGAACGGGAAGCACGUCGUACAAUAGCGGAAAUAGAAGGAGAAGGAAGAGAACAAGUAAUACGACUUUUACGUUUGAUGCCAGAUGAUGUACUACCACCUGGUAUCAGCCCAGUGAGUAGUCCUAAAUGUUACCGCCGUUAUCCAAUGGAUACAGAACCACUUUUUCCACCUUACUCUUCAUCCUAUAAGGAAGAGUUAGCGCAACGUGUGGAAGAAACUGCAUGGCUUUCUCAUGUUUUUGCAUCUACACCUAUUGUUGGUUCAGCUUUAGUAGUGGCGAAGGAAAGUAAGAAGAAAAACCAAAAAAAUGAUAAUCGUAAUAAUAUCAAUAAUAUUGGUACUGGUACUGCUUCCUAUGCUUCUGCAGGUAAUGCUGCUGCUGCUACUAGAGGUGGUUUAGAUGCUGUAUCAUCAGAAGUCGACGGUAAAAAUGUUAAUAAAAGUGAAAUGGAUGAUGAAGUAGAGGAUGAAUAUUCUGCAGCAAUGGAAGAUCUUAUUCAACACUACGCCGAUGUACGUCGUGACUUAUUGCUUUGGGAGAGACAGACAUUUCGAGCUCUUACAACGGAAAUGCUUCUUAUAUUGGAAAAACAAAAAAGACUUGACGAAGAAAUAUUACGUACCGCAUUUCAUGAAGAAUUGGAAAAAGGAGGAGUACUUGACUUUGAUAAUUACGCCGUUCACUAUGAACAGCAACAUGCACUUACUCAGAAAGAAAAAACGCCAGAUACUAAACCAAAUGAUACUUCUCAAAGUAAUGUAACCCAUCAGAGAGAAACAUCACCCGUUUUGUUAGAAUCUUUUGGAGUAUAUAGGGGUAAAGAAAUGAAGGAAGAAGACUUUAAAACAGAAGCGAAAUCAGUAGAUACAGAAAAAACGGGUAUAACAGGGGAACCCACGAUAACCAUACCUCCUCGUCCACGACCACGAUCACCUCGAUCGUGUUUGGCAGAUGAUGAAAAGUUUCACCAGGCGAUAGAAGAAAGUAAGGCGCGUGCGAAAGCUAUUCUGGAAACUAUCGCUCUUAUCGAUAUGCGGUGGCAUGAACCUGUUUCCUUUAAGCUUGCUAAACACCGUUUUAUAUUAACAGAAAAGGAUGAACGAAAAGUAAUUUUAGCGGAUGAAAAGAAAGAAUGGACUGAACUUGUAAAGUUUGCAAAAGAAAGGGGUCUUGAUUUGGAAAGUAGAGAACUUCUUUCCUACUUGCGCCUUAUAGAACCUGUUGUAAACGGAGAGCAAGCAGAAAGAGAUAUUCUUAAUGAGCAACAAGAACGACACAUAGCAUUGCUUUUUUCGUUGUAUUAUCGUGGUGUAGAACGGAUACAAGCAUUGUUGCGCCAAAGAGAAUAA